UCAAAUCCCUAAUCUCUCAAUUACAACUGCAACUACUUUUCCCUCCAAUUUCGCUUCACCACACAUGCAUGGAUUCUUUGAUUUUCAUCUUCUCUCGCGUUUUCUGAUUCUGAUCAUAGGGUUCCUUAUCCCCCAACUUUAUUGCUUCCUCACGCGUCUUUAUCUUUUUUUCUUUUCGUUGAUCCAACCUUUUCCACUAAAGCUUCGAUUUUUUGCUUUUUAUUUUUUUUUAUCUUUUUUGUAGUUUGUUUGUAUUGUUUCGUUAGGGAAUUAGGAAUCUUCGAUUUUCAAGCGCCGCUUAUAUCCUUUGUUUGCUGUUAAUUAUUAUGGUUCUGUUGUGUGUAUGUGGCUGAAGUGUCGUGAGAAUUUUACUUCUUUUUCUGUUGUGGUAGUUUUGUUUUGCAGUGAAACAAAAGCAGUGCAGUGAAUGGCUGUUACUAAUGUAUUUUCCUGUGUUGUUAUGUUUUCAGAUAGUUGUUAACAGAGUGAUUUGGGAGCUUUUGAUAUGUCGAGUGGAUCCGUGAGACGGGUUUCCCGUCAAGAUAUCCAGCUGGUGCAAAAUCUCAUAGAACGAUGUCUACAACUGUAUAUGAGCCAGAAAGAAGUUGUGGAAACACUAUUAGCUCAAGCAAAAAUAGAGCCUGGUUUCACUGAACUAGUUUGGCAAAAGCUUGAAGAAGAAAAUGAAGAAUUCUUCAAGGCUUAUUAUGCAAGAUUGGUUUUGAAGCAGCAAAUAAUGCAAUUCAACAAAUUGCUGGAUCAGCAAGUGCAAUUAAUGCAGUUACACUCAAGUACUGUUGCAUCACUACCUACAUCUAACGGGUCACAUAUCCCUGCAGUGUCAUCACUACCUAGCUCUAAUGGGUCACAUAUCCCUGCAAUACCUGAGAAUCCAGCAUGCUACACUGCAGACCGAACCCAAACAAGUUUGAAGCCAGAAAAUAUGCAACAUCAUGUUGAUUCCAGAUUAUCUAAUGUGUUUAAUAAUGGCGGGUCAUCACUACAUACAAGUAUGCAUGCUGCAGUUGAUAUGUCUGCUCAUGGUAAUAGGAUUAAUGGCCCUUCUAGCAUGCUUUCUGCUCAAAGCGCAAACAUGGGUCUGAUACAAGGAAUCAAUGGUGGUGGAAUGAUCAAAUCUGAGCCUGGAUAUUCUGGUUGUUCUCCUUACAUGUUUGGUACUGAUGGAAAUGUCCUGGAGACACGCCCAACUAUUGGUGGUGCUUCAGUCACAUCAUUCACUAAUGUUGAGUCCAACUCACAUUCUCUGAAUGAGGUGGUCCUAGAUCCAGACACUUCUUCAUUUGGAUUUCUGGGGCAGAUUCCCAGAAAUUUUAGCCUUUCAGAUCUGACUGCUGAUUUUUCUCAGAGUUCUGCUUCUUAUUUGACAGAUAUACUGGAGACCUAUUCUAGGUCACCCUUCCUAGCUACGGAUAAUGAGAACUUCCUUGACAGAGGAGAACAGGACAAUAAUAGGCUGGACUCCAUAUCAGAAGGCUUGAGUUAUGAAGACUUUGGGAGUGAGUGAAUAGUUGAUACCAUUUAGUCAUCGAACUUUCAGGUUGAACAAAAUGCUUAAAAUGUUGUACAUAAAACUUUAGAGGUUUUGAAAUUUUAACUGUUGGAUGAACAUAUGCAUUGGUGUGUAGAAAGUGCACUCAUCUCAUUCUUGGUGAUGGGAAAUGAAAGUUGGAAUGCUUGCAUAGAAGGGAAAGACUUGGUGCAAAUAAAUAAUAAUCUUUUUUUCCCUUGUGUGUUUGGCCUUUUGUAAUAUGCUUAUUCUUCAUUGUGUUGAUACUAGAAUUAAUAUAAUUGUGUUUUGUUUUUUGUCCGA